ACUCUUCCCAUAACAGGAAGCGAGUGUAGAUUCUCAUGCUGGAACUUUAAACUUUCCCCGAUAAUGCCGUAUUUCUGAUGCGGUCUGAUGAGGGUCUAAGCUGAUAACCUUUGGAUCAGUGAGGACGGUCGGUACAGUAGCUCAGCUGGAGACACUGCAGUGAUAGUGUCAAUGCAAAUGUGAUGAAAAAGAAUUUGAAACUUGCCCGACUUACCUGACCAGUAAUCAUCAUGUCUGAAACAAAUUUACCAAACCCAUUCAAGCCAAUAAAGUUGAUAGCCGCUGCUUGUAACAAUAUGGGGAUUGGGUUGAAGGGGCAUUUACCAUGGGAUCUCCCGAAAGAAUUCCGGUAUUUAUUAGACAAGAUAACGACAGUGGAGCAGCCUGAAAAGAAAAACCUGCUUGUUUGGGGACGGCAUUCAUUUGAGACAUUUGACGAGAAGUUAUUACCUCUGGCAAAUACCGUCAUUGUACUCCUGACAAGAAAACUCCGUGAAGUGCCAAAAUAUGCGGAUUACAUUUGUCAUGAUGAAGAAGAAGUUGUGAAACUCGUCUCAUCACCACCUCUCAGCGACCAGAUUGAAACGAUAUGGGUGCUAGGUGGAGUGGAGUGCUAUACAAACAUGAUGCAACACCCUUGGUGUAACCACAUCUACUUCACCCAGAUUAUGGCAGAUUUCGAAUGUGACACCUUCUUUCCUGUUUUUGACAAAGAAGUCUUCAAACUGAAGGAAAAAUACCCUGGUGUUCCAUCUGGAGUUCAAGAAGAAAAAGGAACAAAAUACAUUUUUCAAGUCUAUGAAAAAGAUCAACCAACACAAAGUCAUUAAUGUUUUGAAUAUUAAGCUGAAAUAUGUUGUUUAAUAAAGUUUAACAUUUAUCAUAUAUAA